UCUCCACAAUCCACAUCACUUUCUUGAGUUCAUUUCAAUUUUAAUUUGUAGUCAUUUUUAACUUGUUUUAUAGCUAUGAUCAGAACAACAAAAGAAGAUUUUGCACAAGUGAUUCCAUCAGUAUCCAAAACUAUAACUUGUCAUCAUAAAACGAUGAAUCGCUUUGAUAGCAUUCUAGAGGAUACAGAUCUUAUUGAUUAUCAGCUUGAUCAAGCACGUUGUCGCUCUUUAAACUCACUAGCCACUGGAACUAACGGUGCUACUGAACAACAGAGUGAGACUAGUACUAUUUCCAUUAGUAUGCCGCCAACUCCUUCAUCGAAAGGAGUUGGCUUCAAUGAGAUUUAUUCUCAGACAUCAACGCCUCGAGGUACUACCACCACACAGAAUAAUAAGCGAAUAUCGUCUUAUUCUCAGACAUCAACACCUAGAGGUACAGUGUUUCCAGAGUCUCCGAAACUUCCCAGAAGUAAUACUAAUAAGCUAAAGGAUACAAGGUUUGAUUCUUUUAAGACAUGGUCUGGUAGACUGGAGAGACAAUUAUCAGCUUUCCGCGGAAAGGAACAAGAACCUAUUUCUCAACCAAGUCCUCAGAUAGAAACUAUUCCUGUCGAUCGAUAUUUUGAUGCCUUGGAAGGACCUGAAUUGGACACCUUAAGGGCUUCUGAGGAAAUCAUUCUUCCAGAAGACAGAAAAUGGCCAUUUCUUCUUCGUUUCCCUAUUUCAUCCUUCGGUAUCUGUCUAGGUGUUAGUAGUCAAGCUAUAAUGUGGAAGAACCUAGCCACUUCUGCCUCGACAAAUUUCUUGCACGUAAGCUUGAAAGCAAAUCUUGGCCUGUGGUGUGUAUCUGCUGCACUUAUGAUCAUUAUCUCUUUCAUCUACGCCCUGAAAUUCAUUUUCUACUUUGAAGCUGUUCGUCGAGAGUACUACCACCCUAUACGUGUCAACUUCUUUUUUGCUCCCUUUAUAUCACUUCUGUUCUUAGCACUCGGAGUUCCAACAUCGAUCACUCAACACUUGCACACAUCUUUAUGGUACAUUCUUAUGUUACCAAUCUUUUGUCUAGAGCUAAAACUCUAUGGACAAUGGAUGUCUGGAGGACAACGAAGACUCUCAAAGGUAGCAAAUCCCUCAAAUCAUCUCUCGAUUGUUGGGAAUUUUGUUGGUGCAUUGCUUGGUGCAUCUAUGGGACUAAAAGAAGGGCCAAUAUUCUUCUUUGCUGUCGGAUUGGCUCAUUACAUAGUCAUGUUUGUAACUCUCUAUCAGAGACUUCCAACAAAUGAUACACUGCCAAAGGAACUUCACCCUGUCUUCUUUCUGUUUGUUGCUGCACCUAGCGUUGCUUCUAUGGCAUGGACAGCGAUUCAAGGAUCGUUUGAUCAUGGAUCUCGUAUUGCUUAUUUCAUCGCCCUGUUCCUCUAUUUUUCAUUGGCUGUUCGCAUUAACUUCUUCCGAGGCUUCAAGUUUUCAUUGGCUUGGUGGGCAUACACAUUCCCUAUGACAGGAGCUGGUAUUGCAACCAUCAAGUACUCACUUGUAGUUACCAACCUGGUAACAAAGUGCCUAGCUAUCAUACUUAGUGCUCUUUCAACACUCACUGUAACAGGAUUGCUUGUGACAACCAUCAUUCAUGCUUUUGUUCUGAGAGACCUAUUUCCAAAUGACAUUGCCAUUGCGAUUAGCAAACGACCAAAAGCAACUCGGAAAUGGUAUCUUGGUAGUUCACAUAGCAAAGAUAUUGAUCAAUACCUAAAGUAUGUAGAUUCUUCUAAAGCCAAAGAUAUUGAGGCUUCUCUCACACAUAUUCCAAACUCAAGUAACUAGAAGUUGUUUACAGCAUCUCUUGUACAACUUUUCAAGUCUUAAUCAAGUGAGGAGCACCUAUAUUUGGGCUGGUCCUAUGAAUUUGAUGAUAUUUAGAAGAGAGGUACAAACACUAUGAGAGAUGUAAGUAUUCUUUUUGUGUAAAAUUCAUGAGUGUUCCUAUUUAUAUCAUUAUAAAGCUUGCUUUUAUGUCA